UUGCUCAUCCGUGGUUCUAACUUCUAAGUAGACUGAUACCAAAUUAGCAAAAUAUUGAUCCAUUGCCAUUGCCAUUGCCGCCGCCCAUUCAGUGGAAGUUGGAGCCGCGAACCUUGAAUAAAAUAAACUCUCUCCAUUGAUAAUACCCAUUUUUUCAAAACAAGCGCCGAGUCGGUCAAAUAGAGAACAUAACAAGCCAAUAAACAAAAAUUUGCCAGUUUUCUAAUGUCGAAGUUUCCACUUCCCCUUGUUACAAGGCGAUUAAAUGGUCAAUGUAGUGAAACGAGGGGCCAAGACUUGUCCGAAAAAAAAAAUGAGCUUUCUUCAUCAAAAGAGAAACUUUUUAAGUUAGGUGGUCAUUUAAUCAUCCAACCAACAAAAUCAAAAGCCCCAAGAAGAAACUUUCGAAUUUUCAAAGCAACAAUCUCGGACGGAGAGGAUGUUGGAUUAUUACCAGCGGCUUUCUUCAGGGCGUUCUUACAAAGAUUUCAUUGAGUUUCUAGAAGCUGAUAUUCGCCAUGCCAAUACGCUUGCAGCUUCCUUUCCUAGAGGCAAGGAUGGUUCCUCCUUCCAAAUGAAAUUGGUUUGCAACCAUUUGGCACCAGUUGUUCUUUACUUGCUUCAAUGGAUGGAUUGCUCAUGUUCAUAUCUAUCUAUGAGUUACUUCAACCUAUUCCACAUAGUUUUGUACAAGGUGCACUCUGAUGGAAGGCCCGAUAUCUCAUCGUGCGGAAAGAAAGCAACUAUAAGCGAAUUCUACUCUGUCAUAUUACCAUCCCUGCAGCGGCUCUGUGAUUAUGCAUCGCAAGUAGAUAGAAUUGAAGAUCUCCGCACGGGAAUGGCGAUCUCGAAGAGAUUAGAACACAAGAAGAAACUUUUAGAGGUAGACACAGAAAGAGAAGACGAAUGUGGGAUCUGUAUGGAGCCGCGUACCAAAAUUGUCUUGCCACAUUGUUGCCAUGCUAUGUGCACAAGUUGCUACCAUGAUUGGAAAUCGAAGUCGGAAUCUUGCCCGUUCUGCCGAGGGAGUUUGAAGAGAGUAGCCUCCGGGGAUCUUUGGGUUCUCAUGUGCAGUAAUGACGUGGUUGACACUCGUACUAUSAUGAAGGAAGAUAUGUUACGCUUCUAUCUUUUCAUAAACAGCCUACCUGAGGAUACGCCUGAUGUGCUAUUCUUAAUGUAUUACGAACACUUAUUAUAACAAACCAAACAAUAAGAACAGUGUACAUUGGACAAUUUGCUAGUCGUCCACAAAUUUGGGGAGGCGAGCAAUUUUUCGCCUAGAAAAUCUGCUCUCAUUUAAUUUUUGUGUGAUGCAGUUAUACAUGAGAUCCUCUUCUUCUAACAUAAUAUUAUAGUUCUUGAGGUUGAUUUGUGAUAUUCCAUUUCAGCAUUUGGUGAGAAAGUAUGAGAAAAGCCAUUAGCAGGGAAAAGUCAAAUGGUGGAUGAUAAAAGAAAUUUCUUUUAGAAGCUCUUGUUAAAAACCAGAAUACAUUCUGCUGUCUCUAUUGAUUAUUGCCUCAGCUACUCAUUAAAUGGAUCGCCAUUCUAGGUGGUUCUCUUAACAUCUUCUGAACAGUUGGUCCAUCAAAUCAUCUGCUUUUGUCCUGCUAUUUUAUAACCAUUUGAUUGUUCUCUUAUACUGUCGGUUGGAGUAAUAAUGAUGAUAUAAUAUUAAGCUUCUUAAACGAGGCUGCUAGAGCCAGACAAUUGUCUCGUGAGAUUAGUUGAGGUAUGCACAAGUGGACAAAGACACUUACUGAUAUCAAAAAAAAGAAAAGAAAAAAGAAAAAAGAAAACUUCUUUGUACAGAUUAGCUGAAAAACGUUCAUUGCUUCUUUUCCUCUGCUACGUUUCUUGUCUCUCCUUUUUAACCUGAAAUUAGGAAGUAGCUGAAAAUGCUCCAAAGGAAAAUUAAAAACAAU